AUGGCUGUUCAUUCUCCAUACUACCAGCACCAUGAAACACGGGGCAGAAUUGCUUUUGUGAGUUUACCAAACGGGGAUACUUUGCCGGGCAAUCUUUGUGCUCUGACAGGUGGGGAAGAGAGGUUAAAUCCAGGAUUAUCCUCACUGAGGCUCGUCCUGGUGGGCAAGGCAGGAGGUGGGAAGAGGGCCAUGGAGAACAGCAUCCUCUGCCAGCCAGUGUUCGAGUCCAAGCUGGGGAGCCAGGCUGUGACCACAAAGUGCCAGGCGGAGACAAUGACCUGGGAUGGAAGGAACAUCCUGGUGGUUGACACGCCUCCCAUCUUCGAGGCAGGGGAUCAGGCCCAGGAGAUGUACAAGGACAUUGGAGAUUGUUACCUGCUCUCUGCCCCGGGGCCCCAUGUGCUGUUGCUGGUGACUCAGCUGGGGCGCUUCACCGCCCAAGACACGGUGGCGGUGAGGAGGGUGAUGGAGGUCUUCGGGGAAGAAGCCAUGAAACACAUGGUGGUCCUCUUCACCCACAAGGAGGACUUGAUGGGCGGGUCGUUGGAUGAGUACAUCACAAACACGGACAACCUCAGCCUGAGGAGCCUGGUCCAGGAGUGCGGGAGGAGGUACUGCGCCUUCAACAACUGGGCCACCGGGGAGGAGCAGGGGGAGCAGCGGGCCCAGCUGAUGGCCGUGGUCGAGAGGCUGGAGAGGGAGGCCCAGGGCGCCUUCCACACCAAUGACCUCUUCUUUGAAGCCCAGAUGCUGCAGCGAGGUGGGGGCGGUGCCCGUGGGGAAGAGCACUACCUGGCCAGGGUGCGGGAGCAGGUGGAAAAGCAACAGCGAGCCCUGAAGGAGAGCAGGACUAGAGCCACCAGGGCGCUCCUCAGAGUCAAAGGCUGGGUCACCUCCCAGGAGUUCCAUUUUUCAGGAGAAACAGAGCCUACCUUACAACACUUUCCAAGGAAUUUCUUUGGCAAACAUUCCCACGUGAGUAAACGUUUAACGAAACCCUUUCUUCAUCGUUGCUGUAAAAUACCUUUGGGUAUCAGCCCUCCAGCUCUAUUCCCCAUGGAGAGGUGGGAUGGCAAUGGCAAUGACACAGACCCCUUGUGUGAGCCUGGGGACGAACCAGCCGCACGCCUGCAGGGAGGCUCUCCUCCUGAGGUCCUGCACCCCAGUGCUUUCUUGGGUCAAGUUUAUGACUCAUCCAGAUGCCUGGAGGAGGGAGGCAAGAUCACCCGGUAUCUCCUGGAUAUGGACUGA